UUUCCAUGCGGGGUUGUAACGGUCAUUCACGAGGGCAGGAAUAUAGUGUGCCUCUGAUUUAUCAAUGAUUAUGUUGCAUGCAACAGUUUGAUGAACGACAAUAAUUUGUUGUGCACGGAAAUCCUGUAGAGAUACCGAAGAGUCAAAGGGAGCUGUUCUGCAACAUCUAGUUUUGUGGACGGGCUGCACCAAUAGCACACAGCUCUUGCCAUCUUUGUGCUUGACUUUCUCCUCCCACCACUCUUGUGUGAGAAUUGCAGCGAGCCACCAGCCUAGGAAAAUCGGUUAUCCGAAUACUCCGUGGAAAGGGGGUGGCAAAGAAGAGCGAUUAGGCUGAAGAUACCCGUUUGGUGUCGAUUUCGUUGGAAAAGUUUAUAAAGUUUAGUUCACAAUGUCUUUGUCUGUACCCCAGAACGGAAUCAAGGCGGAUAACGAGCCCGUUAUCGAGCUCUUUGUGAAGGCGGGAAGUGAUGGCGAGAGCAUCGGAAACUGUCCGUUCUCACAGAGACUCUUCAUGAUCCUGUGGCUAAAGGGAGUGGUCUUCAACGUCACCACAGUGGACCUGAAGAGGAAGCCUGCAGACCUCCAGAACCUGGCCCCAGGCACACACCCUCCUUUCAUCACCUUCAAUGGGGAGGUCAAAACCGACGUCAACAAGAUCGAGGAGUUCCUAGAGGAUGUCCUCAGCCCACCCAAGUUCACCAAGCUUGGCACCAGACACCCUGAGUCCAACACAGCUGGGAUGGACAUCUUUGCCAAGUUCUCAGCCUUCAUCAAGAACUCCAAACCAGAUGCCAACGAGGGUCUGGAGCGUGGGCUGUUGAAGACCCUGCAGAAGCUGGAUGAGUACCUGCGUUCCCCACUGCCUGACGAGAUUGACCACAACAGCAUCGAGGACAUCAAAAUCUCCACUCGCAAGUUCCUGGACGGUGACGAGAUGACACUGGCUGACUGCAACCUCCUGCCCAAGCUGCACAUCGUCAAGGUGGUGACCAAGAAGUACAGAGGCUUUGACAUUCCCAAGGACAUGACGGGCAUCUGGCAGUACCUGCAGAAUGUCUAUACGCGUGAGGAGUUCACCAACACCUGCCCCAGCGACAAAGAGAUUGAGAUCGCCUACCAAGACGUGGCCAAGAGGCUGGUCAAAUAGGGCUACCCCCCCCCAGCACUGGGACUGGUUCAGACACGAGACAGAACUACCUUUCCUUCGCUCAUUUAAAGCAAACCUAAUGCAUAAAUAUCUGUUCCUUCCGUUCCCUUUUUAUUUUUGGGAAGAUUUCUUGAGUACAUGAAUCUCAAAGGUCCGUUGGUUAUUGCUUUUUUGUUUUCUUUUUGUUAUGAUUGUUUCGAGGCGUCUGACUGGCGAGUUGGUCGAGCUACCUGCCAGAUUGGAUGCAUGCUAGUGUGUAUCCGAGCUUAUCAGUUUUGGAGGGCCAUCGAUACACACACACACUAUAAAGUGGCCUUCCGGCUGACCCUCUGUUUCCACAAGGGAAUAUGGUCACAAGCGGUUGUUUUCUGUUGUCUGUUCAAUAUUGAUUUGCAUUACAUGCUUGCUAUGAAAGUAACCAUUACAAGACUGAUUUUGUGUGUUGGCUAAGGAUUUGGUUUAAACGGUGUUGAAAGCUUCAGUGUUUUUGGCUCUAGAGAGUAAAUGAGGGCAGGUUUUACUACAUGUACUGCAUUAGACGCUAGGCCAAACCACAGUUGACAUAUCAGCGCGAUAUGCUUAAUUUUAUUGUUGCGUUGCUUGAGUCAAUUGGUAUAACUAUAAUACAGGUAAGGCUACCUGUUGUCCACGCUCUGAUACCAUUUACUCCAUAACCUUGUAUGUGGACACAGUCGGCUCAGAUGUGCCAGGUCCUUAGAUUAGAUGUUUUCAGCUCAGAACAAGGGAACUUAAGAUGUGUGAAAUAUUAGAUGCUAUGUAGCAAACAAAACCAACCAUUUUUAGACUUGUAUGGGAAUACAAACUGUCCUUCAUCACUGCAUUGCCUCAUAUCACUGCUCCAUAUAGACACUGACACUCUUGGCAGUAAUGCUCAAUUUGCCCAAAAUGAACAUGGUUUUUUUCGCUCUCUGCUGUACAGUACGAAGGGAAAUCUUUAGCUUGUGUUGUGCUGGCAGCAGUGGUAGUUUUAUAUUACACUUCAGCCACCGAAAAGGGGACAUUUUAUUCGGGUCUCACUGUGGAUUGAAUGACUCCUGUUAUCUAAACAAGUGAAGUAACAAAAGCACACACUCGCCAUCGUUCUCCUAUCGCAUACAGAAGAUCCCCAAUCAGCCAUCAGAAAAGGUGACACUAAAGAUAUUUAUGAGGAUAGGCAUCGGGGAGAGGAGACCGGUAAUGUUAUGACUGUCAUUUAGGAUUUCAUUUUCUCAUUAUUUAGAAUGCUUUCAAAGGUAGUGAGUUUAUUCUGUCAUAGUUUCAGAAUGCUUUAGUGUGGAUAAAGCAAAAAUAUGUUUUGUUUUUCUCCCCUGGUUUUGCUAUCCUUUCAGACAUUUGUUGUAAUACAAAUUUGAUAAAAGGAUUUGUAAAUAUUUGUUUUGAUUAUUCAGAGUUCAAUGUGUAAAUUGUAUACAUUCAUUGGUUGGUUUGAAUUGGGGGGAGGGGUGUAAGCCUUUUCUACCUGCUUGGGUUUUAGUACUAGAAGACAUCUCCUCUGGCCUUAUUUGUUUUCUCUUGCUCAGACUGUUUUCAAAAAUCACUGCAAUUACGACAUGUGUAUGUCAAUUUCAGAAGAAAAGAUCCAGGCUAUGUCAUGGCUUUUUUUUAAAACAAUAUUGACAUUAUUGAAAUAAACCUAUUAUUGGCAC